CUGACCAUCAAAAUUUAAUGAAAACAUUUCGGAGUGCGGAAAGUGUUUCGCGGAGUGUUUAUGCAAUAGUUUUGCGUGAAGUUGGGAGUUUUUGCGAAGCAAAAUGCUGCUGAAAGGGGGAUUUGGUCGAUUUAUUUUGUCAGGUUUACUGAGGCAACAACAUAACCAACAAAUUGCAACACUAAAACACUUUGCUCCUCCAAUUGAGUAUAAAGAUGUCGUCAUUCCGGAGCGACCAAAGCUGCGCUUCAUGGACAAGGUGCCGAUCCUGCCGUCCAACAUGAAGGCGCCCAAGCUGCAGAAGAAGCUCAAGUUUAUGCGCGGUCCGGAAACGGUUCACAACUCGCUGCUGCACAAGCAGUACGGCAUCGUGGCCACCGGCGGCGGCCGUCUCCGCUGGGGACACUUUGAGAUGAUUCGGUUGGGCAUCGGUCGCAAGAUGGACGUGAGCCGGAUGUUUGCGGCGUGGCGCGUCGAUGCUCCGUGGCAGCCGAUUACGAAGAAAGGCCAGGGCCAGCGGAUGGGCGGUGGAAAGAGCGCCAUCGAUCACUACGUAACGCCGGUCAAGAGCGGGCGCGUGAUCGUCGAGAUGGCCGGCAAGUGCGAGUUUGCCGAGGUGAAGCCGAUUCUGGAGACGGUCUGCCACAAGUUGCCGUUCAAGGCGAUGGUCGUGUCGCACGAAAUGCUCGAGGAGAUGAAGGCGGAAGAGGAGCGGCUGGAGCGGGACAAUCUGAACGAGUACAGCUUGAAGUACAUUAUCCAGAACAACAUGGGCGGAUGUCAUCGGUGGCUGUCGCCGGUGGAUCACAAGUGGUUCGGAAAGUACCAUUGAAUGUUUGCAAAAUGUGUAGAAUAAACGGCUAAAA